UGAUUCGAUAUUUUUCUUAAAAUCGAUUUGUUAUUAUUUCCCCUGACCCGUGUUCUGUGUGUUUUUUUUUACUGAACGACACCAGUGAUUUAAACAUAAGAAGUCUAAGAAUCAUGCACUGUGACAUUUUCUGGGAAAGAAUUAGUUAUUGAUUUAAAAAAUCUGUGAUGGCGAAAAAUUAGUGGCCGUAACUAAGCUUGAUAAUGACAUCGACACCUUCCGGUAAGAGGAUCAGGGGUCUCAGGAGUGCGACUCAAGCCGAAAUACUCCGGUCGCACCAGAGGGAUGAGGAAUUUGUUAGGGGAUUGAGGGAGAAAUUUCUGGAUUUAUUGCACAAUUUCGGGGGGUACCGAACACUUUUACCGUUUAUUCAAUCGGAUAUUCCACUGAAGUUAUUGUACUUUGGAUUUACGUCGGGUCUGGGUAACCAGACACUAGGAGAAGAAUAUACUGGCAUUAUUCAAGCUGAUCUAGAGACAAGAAAAGUGCCAUCGUUGAGUGCGAGAGUUUUGGCAGCAGUCUUGGAAUGUUUUGGAGAGCGAGGUUUGCUCGGGCUUCUGGAUAAACUGAAAAAGAGUGUGGAUCAUCCUGACAGCGAACUGAAACCCGAGGCGGUGAUUUUCCUGAAUUGCCUCAUUGACAGGCUCAAAACAGCGAUCCCGUUGAUGAUUCUCGUCCACAAGGGGCUGUUCUACAUAUACGGAAGGUACUACAGUUGGGGGAGAAGACUAGCGGGGGUAGAUUAUGCCAAGGUUUAUGGGAAGAGGCCGAGUGAUGGGGUCAGUUGGGGACUGAGGCUGUUGGGUCUGGCAACCCUAGCCCAGUGUGCUCUGAAAAUGUACCGAGGAAAGGAUCGAAUCGACGAGGAAGACUCCUCACCAAAGGAGGAAGAGGGUAACAAAUGUCAGCUCUGUCUGGAGACAAUUCCCACAACAACAACUCCAUGUGGUCAUUUAUUCUGCUGGAAUUGUCUGGGAGAUUGGCUGAGGACACGAUCACAGUGUCCAUACUGCAGGGAGCACGUGAUUCCAUCGAGAAUCGUGCACCUCAUGAAUCUGUGAUUCAACAGUUUUUUAUUCUAAGAUAGAUUAUCACUGGAGGAAGUAAUAAGGGCAAUAUAUUUUUUAUAUACAAAAAUAUCAAGUUUUAUUU